GUUGAUAUUUAGUUAACCGUGAGAACGUAGAAAAUGUACAAACACCUGUUCUUUGGAGGUAUUCUGUUUAUGGGAAUCUUUUUGGCCGUUAAGUCCCAGUGCCCCACUGGUUGGUCAACACGCCCCAAGGACAGAUCUUGGUGCUACCUCUUUGUAAACGGGAGCCGGGCGAAGAACUGGAAUGACGCUAAAGCUGCCUGUGAAGCCAAAAAAGCUCAGUUGAUCAAAGUGGACAGCGCGUCACUCAAGGCAUGGCUUACGGAUGAGACAAACAAGCGAAUAAAAAUCGAUCCGUAUAACCAGGCGCUGGUGGGUUUGGUCCUUAACAAGUUGACCGACAAGAAAAACUGGAAGUGGGCGGACAAAUCUGGGCUCAACACGAAGGCGAUAGGCUGGUACAGUGGUAAUCCCAAUAAUGUGAAGUACCAGUUUUGUGCCUCCUUGUACAAUUACAAAACAGUGGGGCUUACAGACGAAACUUGUUCGUACAGCAUCCCGUACAUAUGCCAGAGGCGAACAAAUAUUCCCCUGUACUGCGAUGGAGAUAACGGCUGGGAAUCAGCUGACGGCACUUGUUACAAAUACAUGGACUAUCGCCGCAGCUGGUUUGAUGCACAAAAGAGCUGCGAGAACCUAGGAGCUGACCUAGCUGCAGUGGCGGACGAUACAGAUGCCACCAUUGUCAGUGAUCAUGCCAGAGAAAACAAGCGGGAUGUGUGGAUUGGAUUAAAAUCCAUACCUGAUCCGAGCACGCGUUACGCGUGGAGAUGGGCAAACGGCACUGCUGCUGGCCCUUCCAAAUACUGGCAUCUUCCCGUUACGGUUCCUCAGGGUCAGGAGAAUUCAUCGUGCGGAGCAGUAUCAUCUACGAUCAAAUCUGCCCAGUCGUGGGUAGUUGGUUCGUGUUAUGAUGAGAAAAUGUACGUGUGUGAAAAACCUGAGGGAUCGUGUGCCCCUGGCUGGAAAUCGUUCGGGGCUUACUGUUACCAGUUCAACACUCAAUUCUCAAUGUCCUUUGAUUCGGCAAUGAGACACUGCCAAGCUCAAUCGGCCAGACUCGCCGAAAUAUACACUGAUGACACACAGCAGUUUAUUAACCAGUACCUGCCUGGUAUCCGAGCUGCGGGUCAGGGCACCAUCUGGAUAGGCAUAUAUGACCGAAAUUGGGACGUGUACAAAUUCACCAGCGGUAGAGCUAUAGGACCAUAUACAAACUGGAUCAAGAAAAAUCCUCCCAACCAACAGGGCGUACAGGAAUGUGUAUACAUCAACACGGGUGACAGACUUGGAAGGUGGAAUCCGACUAAAAAUUGUCUCCUACAGAAACCCUUCAUCUGUUUUGCGUCUUCAAGGACCGUGACACGCCCUGUUACAACCCCACCACCCCGCGUUAUCUGUCCAUCCGGGUACUCAGUAACGGGUACAAACUGUUUCCGGUGGUUCGACCAGGCUGCCACGUGGUUGGACGCCAGAGCUGCUUGUCAGAAAAACGGGGGUGACCUGGCUAUUAUCACUGACGAUGACACACAAGUAUACGUGCAAGGUCGUGUACGUGCUGAUAAGUGGAUUGGAUUAAACGACAGACAGCAUGAAGGUACCUGGGCCUGGUUGGAUCAAAGCUCUGCUACCAGUUAUGUUCACUGGUCCCCGGACAAGUCGGUUAACAGCGGAGGUCGAAACUGUGUGGUGAUGCAGGGUAGCAAUGAUAGACGUGGAAAGUGGCUGGAUAAAUCAUGUGCCGAGAAACACGGGUACAUCUGCCAGAAGGACUCUUUGACGUUUGCCACAACACCAGCUGUGCCAAGUACAACAACCAGUUGGACGGCGAACUGUGGGCCGUUCUGGGAGGAACACUCGGCCCUCGGGAACUGUUAUCAGUUCCGAUCGGAACAGUAUACUUUCCAGAACGCCAGGCAGAUGUGUCAGCAACAGGGUGGAGACCUGGCCAGUAUCCGAAGCCUGGCUGAACAGAAUUACAUAGAGGCGAGGAUCAAGGGAUUGACAUCCGGCAGUUACUGGAUUGGGGCUACUGAUGAGAGUUCUGAAGGAGGCUGGAUGUGGGCAGACGGAUCGGCCUUCUCCUUUCUUAACUGGGCGGCGGGGCAGCCAGAUGACUUCAACAACAACCAAGACUGUGGACGAGUCAUUGCCAGCUCAGGGAUGUGGGACGAUGACGGUUGCUUUGCAAGAUACGGCUUCAUAUGCAAGAAAGCAUCCAAGGCCGCCACCCAGAGCCCAGCCACCACGCCGGUCACCGCGCCAGCUGGAAAAUACCUGGGCUGCCCAUCUGGCUUUACUUCCUACCAGAACAAAUGCUACAUGUUCAAGAAACAGUCGGGGUCGUGGCAAACUGCACUGUCUUACUGUCGCUUACAUGGCGGCGAUUUGGUCAGUGUCCAGAGCAAGGCCGAGAAUAACUACAUCAGCACUAAAACGCGAACGUAUGGCGGAGGAGUGUGGAUUGGCUUAAAUGAUCAGAAGAACCAGAUGAAUUUUGAAUGGUCUGACGAUAGUCCUGUCGUGUACACGAACUGGGCCAAAGGGGAACCGAACAAUUAUCAUGGCGCCAGAGAAGAUUGCGUGGCAUUACGUGGUUGGGGCUGGUUGGAUUAUGUCUGCGCAGAUAACUCUGUGAAGGGAUUCAUUUGUGAGGCACGUCAAUACGUGAUGCCAAAGACGACCAGGUCCCCUAUGUUAAACGGCUGUUCUUAUGGAGCCCUGGGAUAUUACGGCAGUUGUUAUCAGUUUGUGGCAAGACGAUACACGUGGGCAGCCGCAGAAAAAUACUGCACGUCGAAAAAAGGGCACCUUGUUACCAUCAAUGACAGAUACGUACAGUCGUUCGUAUCGAGCGAACUGGCAUCAAGGGCAGGUAACUGGUGGAUUGGCUUGAGCGAUACUUCCAGACCAGGGCGCGUGCGUUGGUCAAGUGGAUCCCGCAUCCACUACACAAACUGGGACAGAAAACACAGUGGGAAAGAGAAAGCGACAUGCAUCGCCGUGACUACAAGUCGACCUGUUGGUCUUUGGUCAAACCGGAAAUGCACAGAGAGAAAUCAGUUCGUGUGCGAGUACUCACGGAAGGGUUUCACUAACCCUCCCACAACAACCCGACCCACCGUCCAACCAAACUGUCCCGCCGAGUGGAACGAGUUCAAUGGCUACUGUUACAAGGGGUAUUACGCCUACGAAACCCACCUGAGGAAGACGUGGACCGAGGCACGUGAUUACUGUCGUGCUUACGGUGCUAAUCUGGCCAGUAUACACAGCGAUGACGAGGAGCAGUUCAUACUCUCUACUGUACUCAAAUUUAUGAAGUACCUACAGCCUGGGACCUAUUGGACUGGGAUGAAUGACAGAGCUGUCCAGGAAGGUUAUGAAUGGAGUGACGGAACUCCUAAUGACUACGUGAACUGGGCCGACAACCAGCCCAACAACCACAAUAAUCAGGAGGACUGUGUGGAGUUUAACAAAGACAGUGUCAAGUGGAAUGACGCUAUCUGUGCCCUCAGCAAAAACUUCAUCUGCAAAAUUAAAAAAGGUCUCCGUGUUCGAACAACUAUCAAUCCCCAGACAUUCACCAAUCCCGCCACGUGCACCUCGUCAGGCUGGUACAGCUACAACAACACGUGCUAUUACUACAGUUAUUACGGACAGGAAAUGACGUGGUAUGACGCCAGAAACUAUUGCUUGAAAAAUGGCGGCGAACUGGCCAGUAUCCACACAAAGGAGGAGAAUGACUUUGUCAUCAGUCUGAUUUCCAAGCUGUAUCGCACGGACUACUGGAUUGGGUUGAAUGAGCUGAACCUAAAGAGCUACGAAUGGACAGAUGGCACCCCGUUGGAUUAUAAGAACUGGGCUCCACGCGAGCCUAACGACAUGUAUGGAGGAGAGAGAUGUGUCAACACAUUCAAUUACAAUGGUCAAUGGAACGACAAUAACUGUGCUCAGAAGCUAAACUUCAUCUGUAAACGUCCAGAUGGUAAACACCCAGCACAGACUCUAGCGCCCACUCCCGUGACUAAGGGUGGCUGCCCCUCAGGAUUCACAGCCCUGGGGCCUUGGAGUUCCAAGUGUUUCACAAUGGCAUCGGAUUUCACUCUGCUGAACUGGACGAGUGCUCGAACCGCGUGUCAGAAGAUGUACGCCCAAUCGGAUCUGGCUAGUAUCGCCAACUAUAGAGAAAUGCAGGUCCUGGUCAGUAUGCUGAAUGGACGAAAAAACAUGAUAUGGAUUGGUCUGAACGACAUUCAGACCGAAAAUAGAUUUGUGUGGACCGACAAUUCCAACGUUAAAUUUACCUUCUGGGACCGGGGAGAACCAAACGGAGUGGCCAAAACAGCCAAAAGUGGCCAAAUAGAGGAUUGUGUUCAGAUCUACCCUCAAUACUGGAAGGCCGGUCGGUGGAGUGAUGCUAAAUGUUCUUUGCGUGCCAGCUUUGUAUGCGAGGCUUUCAAGAGUCCAAGCAUUCCAAUACCAAGGGCUUCCCCACAGCCACCGUUUUGUCAGAAGCCGGGUUACGUGGGCUACGGGGACAAUUGUUAUAAAAUCGAUUCUACACCGAGGACUUGGCAGGCGGCCAACACUUUCUGUACACAAAAUGGCGGAAACUUAGUGUCCAUAACAAGUGUAUAUGAGCAAGCUCUACUCCAAGUGAUGCUCAUCGGGAAAAGCUCCAUCUACUGGAUAGGUCUGUCAGAUAAUCAGAACUCCGGUCAGUACAGCUGGACAGAUGGCUGGCCGAUUUUAUACACACACUGGUCAAGAAAAGAGCCUAGCAAACUAGACGGGGAAGGGUGUGUGGCCAUGAUGUCAAACAGCCGAUGGAACGACACCCUUUGUGUGAAUAAAUAUCCAGCCAUUUGUAAAAUAUCUAUAGCCAGCAAGCCUGAAACCACGCCUCUUGCCAUGCACCGCCCCUGCGCUGUCAGGCAGUGGAUACCGUCCUCAGUAAACAACUACUGUUACUACUACGAGGUGAGGUCUCUGCAGAGUUGGUCCGGAGCUGAGUACCAGUGUAAGAGGCGAAACAUGCAUCUCGUGACCAUCACGAGCAAACAGGACCAGGACUUCAUCACAUCUAUCAUGUCUCAGAACAAGAAUCCGUACGUGAACCUGUGGAUAGGAUUGGCAGCUGCUGAUGAUGGUGGGUUUAUGUGGCGGGAUAUAAAGUUUGCUGACGGUUACACUAACUGGGCGCCAUCCGAACCCAGCAAUCAAGUGAGUUCAUACGACGAAGACUGUGUGGAGAUGAACCCGGUGACGGGGAAGUGGUAUGACCAAGCCUGCUCCUCAAAACGAGGCUACAUCUGCUGGGCGCCAAAACUGACGUCAACCACAUUGGCACCUAUAACACAGCAACCAGUUACGCAAAAAAGACUUACAGUAGGCCCAGUCAAUCUAAGAACUACGCCUAGGCGGAUAACACAGGCGCCAAUAACAUUUCAACCGCAAACCAAGCGCACCUUAAAACCUCUCGUCACUUUACGUUCACAAACAUCCAGCACACGGGGAAGGUUUAUUACCAGACCAAUCAACAGGACUCCGUUACCUCUAGGACAGCAAGGUAACAAUAGCAGUGGUGGUGGCCUGGGGCCCGGAGCUAUUGCUGGCAUUGUCAUCGCUGUCGUUCUGAUUGUAGCUGCUCUCGUUGGCGCCGGACUUCUUAUACACUUCAAACAAGGAGCCAUAUUUAACUUUCAACAACGACAAAGACAUUCUUCGAGCAUUAACAAAGGAUUUGACAACGCGUUGUACAGUAAAUCGUCAGAUACUGUCAACGUUAACUAGUAAGAGAGAUUACUGCGUUUAUCUCGUAUUAUCUGAAGUGUUUCAAAGGAUAAGGGACUUUGUCAACUUUGGCUGAAAAGAGAGAUAAAUCAGCCCGUGUACUUCGUUUCAUAUUAUCAUAAUUGGCAACAGCAGAACGUUUCCCUUUCUAGGACGUGUUCUUAAUAACAACAUAGGGUAAAAAUUACAGUGUGUAAAGAUUAUU